AUGACAAUGUGCAUCUCACAGGCCGGUCUAAAGCUUAGGUUCUACAACCUUCGAACAUAUCUGUAUAUGGACUACCAUCUUGCGGUUAUGAGCCAUAGAGUGGCCCGUCCAGAAUCAGGUGGCUUGCAGAGAUUUCUGCGCGUAAUAUCGCGUCUCUGGGACAAUAUUAUUCUUUAUUGUUCUUUUGUGCUUAAGGACAUGACGGGAACAUCAUCCAAACCAUAUCUGAGGAUAUCACGGAUCGAGACCGUAUUAGAGUUGAAGCCACUUAUUUUACAAGCUAUGAAGAAAAUUUAUCAACAAUCCGAUGUGGUGUAA